AUGGAGGAAUUUUUUGUUUAUAUCAUAGAGAGGAUAAUUGUGACAUUCAGCUCAAGUAAUUGGCCGGUGUAUGCAAUUGAGUUCUCCCACAUGAGUGGAAGAGACCUUGUCAACAUGGCAAAGAAGAGGACCAAUUUGAUCUCCAUUACUGAGGAUGUCAGGUACCCGGCAAGGUACUGGAUAUUGGUUGGCAUGGUUGAUGCUAUCUUCUCUGAUGUAGCACAGCCUGACCAGUUUGUUGCUUGA